AUCCGUUUCAAAAUGGGCAGGGCACUGAACCUCGGGCACAGCUCUCACGCCCAAGUAGGUUUCCAAUUCUCAGAGCGUUGUUGCCACGACGAAGAAUUUUACCCAAUUGCGCAAUCGCGCUUGUGAGCCCGUGAAUUCGGCAAUCCGACCCAAUUUGGUGGUGAUUGUGGGAGUUGUGUAUCUCAAGAUCGUUGAGACGAGGUGUAGGGUGGCAGGAUAUUGAGGCGGGGGCAAAGAUGAAGAUUAUGGUGGCUGUGAAGCGGGUCAUUGACUAUGCCGUAAAAAUUCGCGUCAAGGCUGACAAAAGUGGAGUGGAAACCACGAACGUAAAAAUGGCAAUGAACCCUUUUUGUGAGAUUGCCCUCGAGGAAGCGCUGCGGCUUCGGGAGGCGGGUCAUGCGAAAGAAGUGGUGGUAGUCAGCAUGGGAGGACCUCAAUGUGCUGAAACAUUGCGCACAGGGCUAGCCAUGGGUGCAGAUCGGGCUAUUCAUGUCUCUACAACGGAGCUGCUUCACCCCUUGACGGUUGCAAAAUUAUUGCGCGGACUUGCUGAGUCUGAGAAACCUAAUAUGCUAUUGCUUGGCAAGCAGGCUAUUGAUGAUGACGCUAAUCAGACUGGGCAGAUGAUUGCUGGCCUGCUUCAUUGGCCUCAAGGCACAUUUGCUUCGAAGGUGGCAAUGGAGAAAGGCUCUGAUUCAGUGGUUGUGGAGAGAGAAGUGGAUGGUGGGCUGGAGAGUCUUAAGCUGCAACUGCCUGCUGUUAUUACAGCUGAUCUCCGGUUGAACCAGCCUCGUUAUGCUACUUUGCCUAACAUAAUGAAAGCCAAGAAGAAGCCCAUCAGCCAGGUGACUCCCGAACAGCUGGGAGUGAAAAUUAGCCGAGACUUGGAGAUAGUGGAAGUAAUAGAGCCACCCAAACGCAAAGCAGGAGUAAUGGUGGCUUCUGUAGAUGAACUUUUGGACAAGCUGAAGAAUGAGGCGCGUGUCAUAUAAAUCUAAUACCACUACUCAGUUCGUAUGUACAGUUAUUCAUAUUCAUGCUCGCUUUUCGGGUGGGGUUCGAAUCACCCAGGUUCAAUCCACCAAGGAGCUGUAAUAUCGGAGCCUAAUCAAGGAUGUCACAGUUGGUGCAGUAUUCAAGGAACCAGUUCAAUUGAUUUGUUAAAGCAGCAUCGAAACGAAACCGCUCAACUCUCUGAGAGGGUGUUACUUUUGCUAACAGAAUAAAGUUCAUUCAAUUGGGAUUGCAAAUCCAAUUCAAUUUUGAUCAUGAGUGCUGAAUUUUGAAAUCAUUAGCAUUCAACGUUCAGUUGCAACAAUAUAUCAAUUAAAAUCAGAUGCUGAAGCAACAGUCAUCUGAGUAACUCGUAGCUGCGACGAGGAAACUAUUUUCACGUGCCUCGGAGGUAGCUAAAUUUCUGUCGCCAAAUUUAAUACAAGCGGGAAUUCUGCAAAAAAAAUUCGAA